AAAUAUCUGUUCCCAUCCCGUAAACGCUAACUUAUCCUUGAACUCCCCCCUUUAGUAGAAAUUAGAUUUUAAAAAGGAAAAGUGCAUGCAUUGAAGAUAAGUUGCAGUAGCAAAUCCGUUUAAUUUAUACCUAGUUUUUAUCUUGUAGAAAAUGAGAGUCCAAAUGCAUUGGUGGGUGGCCCUCAUCAUUUGCAUCCACGGCGCAGCGGCCACUGAGCAGCCGGAGACGGUGAAGUUUGAUACGGGAGGGCUGAGCAGAGAGGCUUUUCCGAAGGGGUUUCUGUUCGGAACAGCAGCAUCGGCUUUUCAAGUUGAAGGCAUGACUCAUGGUGAUGGUCGUGGCCCCAGCAUUUGGGACGUCUUCAUCAAAACUCCCGGGAUUGUUGCUAAUAAUGGCACGGCUGAUGUGACCGUGGACCAAUACCAUCGCUACAAGGAAGAUGUGGAUCUUAUGUCAAAACUGAAUUUUGAUGCAUAUAGAUUCUCCAUCUCGUGGACCAGAAUUUUCCCAGAUGGGACUGGGAAGGUAAACUGGAAGGGAGUUGAAUACUACAACAACCUAAUCAACUACUUGCUAAAAAGAGGCAUCAUUCCUUAUGUCAAUCUUAAUCACUAUGAUUUUCCCGAAGCACUUGAGAAGAAAUACAUGGGGUGGUUGAGUUACCAAUCAGUGAAAGAUUUUGCUGAUUUUGCGGACUUUUGUUUCAAGACCUAUGGAGACAGGGUGAAGCAGUGGACGACAUUCAAUGAACCCAGAGUAGUUGCUGCACUCGGCUAUGAUAAUGGCUUCUUUGCUCCUGGAAGAUGCUCCAAACCAUAUGGAUAUUGUACGGCGGGCAAUUCCGGAACCGAGCCUUACAUCGUAACACAUCAUUUGAUUUUAGCCCAUGCAGCUGCGGCACAGAUAUACCGCGAAAAGUACCAACAAAAACAAAAGGGAAGGAUUGGAAUUCUCUUGGAUUUUGUUUGGUACGAACCUCUUACUAGAUCAAAAGCUGACAGAUAUGCGGCUCAAAGAGCAAUAGACUUUCAUGUUGGAUGGUUUAUCCAUCCCCUUGUAUAUGGAGAGUAUCCAAGAACAAUGCAAGUGAUCGCGGGCAACAGGCUACCCAAGUUCACAAAAGAAGAGGUGAAGAUGGUGAAAGGAUCAUUUGACUUUGUGGGCAUUAACCAGUAUACUACUUACUAUAUAUAUGACCCACAUCAGUCUAAACCAAAAGUUCCAGGCUAUCAGCAAGAUUGGAAUGCUGGAUUUGCUUAUGCAAAAAGAGGAGUGGCAAUUGGUCCAAGAGCAUAUUCUCCUUGGCUCUACAAUGUACCUUGGGGAUUAUACAAAUGUUUGAUGUAUAUAAAGGAAAAGUAUGGGAAUCCAACUGUAAUUUUGUCUGAGAAUGGCAUGGAUGAUCCAGGGAACGUGACACUUGCUCAAGGAUUGCAUGACACUACAAGGAUGAACUACUACAAGGCUUACCUGACUCAACUGAAAAAGGCAGUCGACAACGGAGCAAACGUUAUUGGCUACUUUGCAUGGUCAUUGCUGGACAAUUUUGAAUGGAGAUUAGGCUACACUUCAAGGUUUGGCAUUGUGUAUGUUGAUUACUCUACCCUCCAGAGGUACCCAAAGAUGUCAGCUUACUGGUUCAAACAGCUUCUUACUCGGAAAAAACAUUAAGCAGGCAGAGUUUAUGUUACAGUCAUGUAGAGUAAGUGCUCAUGGAAGAAACCAAGUAUGGUGAGGCCAUUCCUAUGCUUUAGUCCUCCCAUAGUAUGUUCUUUCCUUCCUGGCUUAGUCAAUAAAAGCAUACUAAUGCUUCUUAGUUCA